ACACGAAGGAUGGAGCUGUCACUUUAAAGAUUCCAGGGUCUGUGAGCCCGGCCCCGCCCCCGGCUGCUCUCCUUCCACCAGGAAAGCCUUCCAUCCAUCCAGCUGACACAGGUGAUCGCAUCCUACUCCGGGGACAGGAGGUGACCACAGCCGGUCCUAUGAUGACACCAGGAACAGACCAGCUGACAUGAAGAUAUCUUCACGCUAAUCUACAAUCCUUAGCACGUGGUAAAGAAACACCUUCCAAGAUGGGGAACAGCUUGCCUUCUACUGCCAGUUGGGUUCGGUUCUGCCAGAAACUGAACAGGGUGAAGACUCUGGAAGAUGACUUAAUGGAGACCUCGCUCAAGAGAUGCCUUUCCACUCUUGAUCUUACCCUUCUAGGUGUGGGUGGAAUGGUGGGUUCUGGUCUUUAUGUACUUACUGGCACUGUAGCCAAGGAAAUAGCAGGCCCAGCUGUGGUCGUAUCAUUCUUCAUUGCCGGAAUUGCCUCUCUACUUGCGGCUCUGUGCUAUGCUGAAUUUGGUGCACGGGUGCCAAAAACUGGUUCCGCAUACAUGUUUACAUACGUUUCAGUUGGUGAACUUUGGGCAUUCCUGAUUGGCUGGAAUGUGAUUUUAGAAUAUAUGAUUGGUGGUGCAGCUGUAGCAAGAGCUUGGAGCGGCUAUCUGGACUCCAUAUUUGACCAUAAAAUAAAAAACUUUACGGAAACUCACAUUGGAACCUGGAAUGUGCAGUUCUUGGCUCACUACCCUGAUUUUCUUGCUGCAGGAAUCUUGCUCUUUGCCACAGCAUUUAUAACGUUUGGGGUUAGGGUGUCAUCCUGGCUGAAUCACAUCUUCGCUGCCAUUAGUAUGGGAAUAAUCAUUUUCAUCCUCAUAUUCGGCUUCAUCCUGGCAGAACCAAAGAACUGGUCAGCUGAAUAUGGGGGCUUUGCUCCGUUUGGGUUUUCUGGAAUUAUGUCUGGCACUGCCACGUGUUUUUAUGCCUUUGUUGGGUUUGACGUCAUUGCAGCAUCAAGUGAAGAAGCAAGGAAUCCUCAGAAGGCUAUUCCCAUUGCGACCGCUGUGUCUCUAGGGCUUGCCACAGGGGCGUACAUUCUGGUGUCCACUGUCCUGACUCUCAUGGUGCCUUGGAAUACAUUAAUACCCGACUCUGCCCUUUCUGAUGCUUUUUACAGAAGAGGCUAUUCCUGGGCAGGAUUUAUCGUAGCUGCUGGAUCCAUUUGUGCUAUGAAUACGGUUCUGCUAAGUAACCUCUUUUCCCUACCGAGAAUUGUUUAUGCCAUGGCUGAAGAUGGACUUUUCUUUCAGUUUUUCGCCAAAGUAAACCCAACCACCAAAGUACCAGUCAUUGGAAUUGUGGUAUUUGGUAUCCUGAUGGCUCUACUCGCUCUGAUUUUUGACCUGGAAGCCCUGGUGCAGUUUCUGUCUAUUGGCACAUUGCUGGCCUAUACUUUUGUUGCAGCUAGUAUCAUCGUAUUGCGAUUUCAGCAGGAGAAAGGUGACGCUUCGGCUGCAAGUGAUCAAGAGCAAAGUCCUCAGCAUCGAGAGCCUGAAGUCAAUUUAGAUAGGAUCCUUGGGGAGGAAAUGAAGGAAUACGAGUCUUUCUCUGAUAAGCUUCAGCUGGUUGAAAGUCAGAAAAAAGCCAAAGAGCGUAGAGAAACUGGACACUUGAAAGCUGCCUUUGAACCAUACCUCCGGUUCCUGAGUGACUGUUACCCUGGAGAGGUGGUCACUAUUGCAGUUGUGACAAUGAUGGUCUCCGCCAUCUGCAUGUGCUGCAUCUUGGUGUUUGGAAGCAAUCAGCUACACCUUCCUACAUGGAGUUUUUAUCUUCUGCUUGUGAUCUUCCUGAUUGGGUACCUAAUCAGUCUGUUCUUAAUCUGGGUCCAUGAACAGCAAAAGAAAAUAAAUACGUUUCAGGUUCCACUUGUACCACUGAUUCCAGCUCUGAGUAUCCUGUUAAACACAUAUCUCAUGCUUAAGCUGAGCGCUUUGACAUGGGUGCGGUUCGCAGUAUGGCUUGCUGUUGGGCUCGUUGUUUACUUUGGUUAUGGCAUCUGGCACAGUAAAGAGAACUUGCGAGGACCGAAGAACCAUGGGGUCACCGCACGUUAUGUGGUGUUUCCAAACAGCAGCCUUGAAGAAACCGUUCAGCAGGUCCAGCCAAAUGUUCAGGACACCAUGGGAAGGGCAGAGGUCAUAGAUGACGAAAUCCAGAAGAGAUGAUACCUAAAAAGGUCUAUUCUGACCCAACAAGCUAGGAAACCCUUAUGUUGUACAAUCUCCUUCCCUGGAAGGAAAUUACCAUUUGCACUGAAAAUCACAUUAAACAAGUCUUGUAUACUUGUACAAGAAAGCACAGAGAACAUAAUCAAGAGAUAUGUUUCUUCUACAGUUUGUAUCUUUUGGUAUGUAAAGAAGCCUCACAAGCUAUAUCUAACUGCACAAGGAUAAUGUUUUGGUCAUAUCAUACAAUUACAUGGGUAAUGUGUCCCAUAUAUGUCUCUAUAUUGGGAAGACAGACCUGAGCCCCACAACCGUCUUUAUGUUGGAAAGACAGUCCUCUGCCCCAUAACCUUCUCUAUAUUUGAACGACAGUCCUAAGCUUUUGACACCUUAGGCCAAGCUAAUCAGGACCUCAACAUCCAGAUAUCUGACCUACUGGUGUUAUGGGGGAGUAUUAUAUAGAUUUGGUAUGUUUUAAUGAAUUGUAGUUUUUAGUCAUCCCAGAACAAUUGCUUGUUUUGGGCCUAGUUUGGGUUUUAAAAAAAAUAUGGAAAUUGCAUUUCUAUAUUAUUAUUAUUAUUAUUAUUAUGAUUAUUAUUUAUACAUGAGUUAUGUACACCACUAGGUUAUGUAAUUAAGAAGAACAAAAACACAUUUGAUGGUCACAAAUUAGCAAAUACCUGUAUCAUUUCAACUGAUGAAGGUUAAGGUACGAACAGUUCUGUACUUGACAUAUUUUGUCAAUACCAAGAUAAGCUUGCACAUAAGUAACCAACCACAAGACCUAUGUAAGUAAUCACUCUGUCUCUCGAUGGCAAAAUUACCUUGAUGUAGUAAGCUAUGUGUUCUUGCUUUUGAAAUCGGCUUGGAACCACCAACAUUUCCGGGUGAGCAUUAGGUUUUAUUGCGGUAUCAAGGAAGAUCCUGCUAUACAUUCACUAAGAGAAUUUUGGCUCAUGCUUAUUUUUUUAAUCUCUGCUGAAUUCUAGGGAUGUUGGUUGGCUUGUGUGCCUUUCAGGAUUCAGCAGUUGGCCUUGGAUGGGUUGUAUCUUUUGAAUGUUUUCUCUUGCUGUCUCUAAAGUAGCUAUUGAAUUUUGGGAGGUUGGCACAUUUUUUUUCUUUCUCCGCAUGGACAUGGGACAGGCCAUGGCAAAAUUGAUUCAGAGCAGAACUUUACUCAUAAACGCUUGAUUAAAAAAUGUUUUUUUUAGCAAGGCGCAUACAUUCCAGAUUAAUAAUUAUGCUACCAAAAUAAGUGUGUGCUGUAAACUGCCUCCACCAUUGCUCCUGUUUCUUCUUGAUGAAGGCCACCAUUUUGCUGAAGGCCAGAGCCCAUUACCAUCAUUAAGAGGAACUAAAUCCAUAGUUUUUUUUUUUUUUGUUAAUAGUUUCAAAAAAGUUACAUUCCUAUAAUUCUGAGAUUGCUAACUGUCACAUUUGCUUGUGUCCUUAACCAAACUAUCAACCGGCUGAUGUCGUAGCCGAUUACAUGUGCACCACUAUGGCAGUUGCAGAUGAAAUGUAGUAGUAGUUUUCAUUGGCAGUAAAGGAUAGGAGGGUUUAAUUCCACUUUUACAAGGGAUUGUUGUUGUUAAUCAGUCAAAUUAACAGAGCCAGAAAUUGGGCAGUUAUAUUCAACAAUGAAAAAAUGUGAGCAUGAAAAGCCCACAUAGCCAAUGUACUGAGCCAUAUAGUAUAAAAUAAAGAAGUUUUAAAGUUAACAUAAAAAUGUUGGCAACAUCAGAAUUAAACAAUGGUUCUAACAAUACAAAUGCAUAGACUUAGAAGUGUAAUGUUUAAGGCUUGUUUCAGUACCAAAAGUAAAGAUUGUACAUAUCGUAAUUAUCUAAGCCAUGCCUACGCCUGAGGGCCGGGCUUUCAUAGUAACCGUUCAAAGUGGUGAAAACGGAGGAAACCAAGGAGAAAACGAGCAGUAGAAAAGAGAGGAAGGAGAAAAGGAGUCUCAGGCAAUCGCAACGCAGGGUUUCUAGAGCGAUAAAAGACCAAGACAGCUGAACAUGGGCAAUCUAAGAUUGACACACCUGGAGAAAUUUCCAAUGAGUGUCUGACAAUAUGGCUGUUAGCUUUUCGUUGACCAUAAUUUCGUUCAUUUUGACCGCUUCAAAAUGAAUUGGGGUUUUCCAAGCCCUUGCUAUCAUCAAUUUAAUUGCAGUAAAAAAGUGUAAUGUUAAUUGUCGCUCUCUGCAAAGUAUUUCUUCAAUCAGUUUACAGAGAAGGGUUUCAUAUGGGUUCUGUUUGAGGUCAGUAUGAAGCAAAGUGCGAAGUAAAGCAUAAACCCUGUUGUCAAGUGUUCUGUCAUUUAACAAAUGGUGCACAGUGAUCAUUUUAUACUUGAAAUUCUACUAUAUUCAGCAGAAUGCUCAAUAUAUCUACGUGUAAGACAUUAACAGUGAUAAUGACUUCGGAGUUCUGCCUUUUGUACAGCUAGGAUUUGUCAUUGUUCUUUGUUGGUUUUAGAGGUCCACGUGUUACGGACCACAAGUUGUGCUUCUCAUUAUAGCAGAAUAUAUGGGUAUUAUGCUAAGUAAAUGUUACCAGAUCAUAAAUGAAAUGCUGUAGAACUU